UUCUGAGUUGUGCGAGUUCUGAUCGAAGUGCUUAGAAUAUGAGGGUGUUUUUGUUAAUAUGCGCUUACUGCGUAAUGACCUGCGUAGCAGUGGAUUUUGUAGAUGAUCCUGAAGUACAAUUGCCAUCGUAUAUGCGCAUUUGCAAUCGUGAUGACCCUGAACUUGGACAGUGCAUUAAGGAGUCCCUUCAACGGUUACUUCCGGAGUUGCACUCCGGAAUCCCAUCAAUCGAUUUCCCCGCCAUCGAUCCUUACAGCCAGGAAAGUAGCUACUAUGAGUACAAAAAUAGGCAAAUGCUCGGUUCACUUCAUAUUAAGAACAGUAAAACUUUCGGCAUGAGUUUGGCUCAAGUACAAGAUGUUCGUGUUAAUGCCGACGAUGAUUCUUUGCGGAUGGAGGUGGACAUAAGUUUCCCGAAGCUGGUCACUGAAGGAAAAUUCAAGGGCGAAGGAAGCUUCAAUACAAUUAAGGUUGUGUCAAAGGGAUUUUUCAAUAUUACAACAACAAAUGUUACGACGACAUGGAAAUUUUCCGGCCGAACCUACGAGAGAAACGGUGAACAGUACAUGUUGAUCGACAAAUUUGACAUGAGUCCCAAUGUUGGAGAUAUGAAGAUAUACGCAACGGGGUUGUUCCCAGAUCCAGGACUCAAUCAAGUAGCCCUUGAUUUCGUGAAUCAAUAUUGGCCUGCACUCUAUAAGGAGAUGCUUCCUGAAACACGUCGAUCUUGGGAACCGAUUAUGCUGGACAUAAUGAACAAGAUGUUCAACCGAGUUCCUUAUCGAAGGCUUUUGCCAAAAACGGAAUCUCUGUAAAAUAAUUGUUAUUGCCCGUCGUGCAAGCAAAGCAUAUUGUGAAUAAACCGUUUUGAUUCUGUUUAUUUUGAA